UUUUUUUAAUCAAUAAUCGCUCUCUGGCUACCCGCGGGGCUCUCCCCGAGCUGUAGCUGCUCUAGGAAUUAUAUCCUUCGUGUUUCCGGGGUGUAAGGGGCUCCUGGAGAGCUGGAGAGGGGUUGUGGAGAAGGGCGUGGAGCCAUAGGGAAAGGGGGAAAGGCUUGGCAUGGACGCCCGGGCGGGUUGAAGUUGGAUAUGGGGAAUAUAUCCUUCCCUGUGAGGGUGGCAAAGCCAGAGACACGGAGAAGCUGCUGUUGCUCCAUACCUGGAAGCGUCCGAGACCAGGUUGGAAGUGGUUUAGGAAGCACAUACAGACCUUGGGAAUAUCCCCAAAAAAAUUCAUAAAAUGUCGGGUUCUUCCAGCUGGAUCAAAGCAAAUUCCUCUGGAAUACCUGGUUAGCUCCUCCUUGCAUGACACAGGGAUAUUCCUGAGAAAGCUCCAGUCCCAUCACCCUCUGCACAAGCCCAACUUUUCCAAAACGCGCUUGGAAAAUGCUCCACUUUUCCACCUGUAACUCCACGUUCCCAAAACCCAAGGAAGGAUGAGGCAGGGGAAGAGCGCCAUGAUUUCUGCUCCUUUGGAAGUCUGGGCAAGGUCACCCAGCUGUUCCAGAAGUGCUGGGAUCUGGGAAAGGCACCUCUGACCCCAUCACCUGAGAGCUGUUGUGGAACAACAAAUGGCAGUCAUGUGAUCCCAAAUAAUUCUGGAUAAAUCAAGGACAAUUUGUUCCCAGCGUGGCUGAUAACCGGGUCAAACCCCCAGUGCCAUGGGAAAGAAAAUGGACUCGACUUGCCAAAGGGAAAAAAAACAUUUUCCAGGCUUCUUUUGGAGCAGUUUCCACAGACCUGGAAAAGCUGGAAAAUGUUUUAAUUAACAUUUUGUAUUAAAACAGAAGGUUUGAGGAGAAGGGCAAAUUGUGUUUGGAUUUGCACGGAAAAAAAUGGAAAAAUACCCGUUUAAAAGUGUUAUCCAGAAAUAAAUCUGGGAUAAACAAGCGGUUUUGGAAGGAUAUUCCCAUUAGCUGCUUAUUAAUAUCCUUAAUUUCCACAAAAGAUGGUUCCACAUGUUUUUUUCCCUUGGAUGACACCUUAAUCCCAGCCAAAAUCACCCGCAGCAGGAGCAGUUUGCCUUUCUUAUCGGGGCCUCCGGCCAAACACCGGAGCCAGGAUAUAAGGAGCGGGGCCGGGAUCGGAGGCACAUUUUCCGUGAGCUCCCACCAUGAAGCUGCUCCUGCUCCUCGCCCUGGUGGGCUUGGCCCAGGGCCUCCAGACCAGGGUGCCCCUGAAGAGGAUGAAGUCGCUGCGGCAGAGGCUGCAGGAGCAGGGAUUGCUGGAGAGUUACCUGGAGCAGCAUCCCUACAACCUGGCUGCCAAGUAUUUCCCGGGCAUCGCCGUGGAGCCCCUGGAGAACUACAUAGAUGAUGAGUACUUUGGCACUAUCUCCAUUGGGACCCCACCUCAGGAAUUCACCGUGGUCUUCGACACGGGCUCCUCCAACCUCUGGGUUCCCUCAGUCUUCUGCUCCAGCCCAGCCUGCAGGAACCACAACCGCUUCAAUCCCGCGGAAUCCUCCACGUUCCUCAGCACCAAUGACACCCUGUUCAUCGCCUACGGCACGGGAAGCAUGACCGGAGUCCUGGGAUACGACACCGUCAAUGUUGCCGGCAUCAACGUCCGCAACCAGAUUUUUGGGCUGGCUGAGACAGAGCCAGGGGACUUCUUCUACUACACCCCCUUUGACGGCAUCCUGGGAUUGGCAUUCCCAAGCAUCGCCUCCUCCGGAGCCACCCCUGUCUUCGACAACAUGAUGAUCGAGAACCUCGUGGACAGGCAUCUUUUCUCUGUCUACCUGAGCAGGGACAGCGAAGGUGGGAGCUUUGUCCUCUUCGGUGCCAUUGAUCCCUACUUCACCACCAAAGGCAUCUCCUGGAUCCCGCUGUCUGCUGAAACCUACUGGCAGAUCAGCAUGGAGAGGGUCUCCAUCGGCGGGACUCCGGUGGCCUGUUCCUCGGGAUGCCAGGCCAUCGUGGAUACAGGAACCACUCUGUUGGCCGUUCCUAUCCGGGCCUUCCGGACCCUCAUGAGGAUUCUUGGUGCCAGCUCCAGUGGUGAGAUCAGCUGUGAGGCCAGCAACAACCUUCCCAGCCUCAUCUUCCAUAUCAAUGGCAAAGAAUUCCCGGUGCCGCCCAGAGCCUACGUGUUAAGGAGUAACGGGUACUGCACCCUGGGAUUGCAAGGCAUGGAUGUGCCCACGGAGGAGGGCGAGCUCUGGAUCCUGGGGGAUGUCUUUAUCCGGGAGUAUUACGUCAUCUUCGACAGGGCCAACAACAAGGUGGGGCUGUCCCGGCUGCCCUGAGCCGGGAUGGGAAUCCCAGGUGUUCCCAACUCGGUGGCUGGCAGGGCUUGUCCCUUUCCCGGCACUCCUGCCACCACCGAGGACAAUAAAGGUGUGGAGAAGCGCCCCUGUGCCGUGUCUCUCUG